AUGGAUAAAGUCUUAAGGAGACAAGACAGGGAACGUCUCAUUUACCUCAUUCUCAUUGCUUAUAAAUACUUAUUAAGUAAGGUAGGAACCACAGGUUACACUGGCGGUGAUGCACUCUAUACACUUUACAACGCACAUCCAGAUUGGGAGUAUACAGCAUUGGUGCGAAACUCCGAUAAAGCAGCUCCAGUAGCUGCUGCAUUUCCUAAAAUUCGUUUCGCAUAUGGGACAUUGGAUGAUGCUUCGAUUAUUGAACAAGAAGCUGCCAAGGCGGAUAUUGUUCUGCAUACCGCAGAUUCUUCUGACCAUGAAGGCGCUGCGAAAUCUAUAGCCAAAGGGAUUGCCAAGGGUCACACGAAAGAAAAUCCAGGUUACUGGUUACACUUGUCUGGAACCGGUAUUCUCUGCUGGAAAGACAUGGAAACUCAAACCUAUGGUGAACCUCCUUCACAAGAACCAUAUGAUGAUCUUGAAGGCGUUUCGAAAUUGACCAAUUUACCCGAUACUGCUUUCCAUAGAGAGAUCGACAAGAUUGUUUUGGGGGCUGGAUCCGACGGCGUAAAGACCGCUAUCGUAUGCCCACCCACAAUCUAUGGUCCUGGUCGAGGUCCCGGAAAUCAGCGAAGUCGUCAGGUAUAUAAUUUGGUUCAGAUUACCUUGCAGAAGAGUCAGGCUCCUCAACUUGGAAAGGGCCUGACGGAAUGGGAUAAUGUGCAUGUUCAUGAUCUCAGUCAGUUGUGGUUAUUACUCGCAGAAGCAGCCGUUGCAGGACCCGGACCUAACGAUGCCGAAUUAUGGAAUGAAAAGGGAUAUUUCCUGGCCGAGAAUGGUCAUCAUGUGUGGGGAGAACUAUCCAAACUAGUUGGUGAAGUAGCAUAUGAGAAAGGACUUAUUAAAACGAAGGAAGUGGCACCGAUGAAUGUGGAAGAAGCUAAAAAACUGGCUGGAUUCGAAGCUGUGUCUUGGGGAUUGAAUUCUAAAGGAUUUGCAAAGAGAGCUAGGAAAUUUUUGGGUUGGAAACCUACGGGAAGGAGUUUGAAGGAUGAGAUUCCUUUUAUUGUUGAUUCUGAAGCGAAGAAAGAGGGUGUGAUACCUGGACAUGCUGCUAAGGCUUCUGGUAGUGCAUAA